GUUUCAUUGACCCACCGCAAGCAGCAAGUUGAGCCCAGCUUCGCAUGGAGUGUGAUUCUUGGCAGAUGCGUCUUGCGAACGGGGAGCUUCCCACCGCAGUUCUGGCUGUCAGAUCUGUCCUUCGGCUGCCGGGCUGAGUGUGCCAACAUGGGCUGCGGUGCCAGCACGAGGGUGCAGGAUGAGUGUUCGGCAGAUCUGCGAGGGCAUACUAUUCAAAGCUACUUGGACGCGGACAUCUGCGCCAAGCUCCUCAAGGAGAAGGAGAAUCAGGAAGAUCAGGAAGAUCAGGAAGAUCAGGAGAAUCAGGAGAAUCAGGAGCCUGGCACGUACGUGGAGAUAGACUACAUUGAAUCUUCCCAGACCUUCAAUUCAAUGCUGGCGGAGAAGGCGGACAGUUUCACGACUCCGCCCACGGCUCGCACACAUCGACGUCACCUGAAAAAGCUAAACAAUUUUCUGGCCAUCAUUCCGCCGAACGAGAGCGCCUUGAGAAGGGAGGUCCUGAAUCGCAGAUUGGACAUGCUGGCUCGCAGGUGGCAGCAACCUGCGACAAAAUGACACGAUGAUUUUUUGCUGCGUAUAAGUGUUUAGCUCCGACUUGUGCACGACCAGCCUUGCGACAGGUAAACCCUGCCGAGGUGUGUCCCACAGUUGCUAACGACAACUGGCACAUGUGGCCUCUUUUUGCGUUGACCUCUUUUGCCAGCCAUGGAUUUUUGAAGUCGACUGCAAGUCCAUGGGAUGUACGCCCAUGUUAC